CACUCUUCUCCUCACUCUUCUACUCGCUCUGCUCUGAGGCUCAUCAGCAUGGAGGCAACCAAAGAGCAGGGAGCUGCUGUGUUUGGGACAGCGGAGAUGGAGAGUCAGCGUACGGCACCGAAGAAACGUAACAACCGGAAGAAUAUCGUCAUUGUGGUCGUGCUGCUGUGUCUUCUGAUCAUCAUCCUGGCCGUGGCUCUGUCAGUGAAAAACCACAGACACCAGAACAACGGGGAAUUCUGGCUCCUUGUGGCCUCUGAGGAAACUCCACAGCUCCACUGUCCGCCUGGUUUUUCUAAGCCUCCUCUCAUCCUGGUGUCCUUGGACGGAUUCAGGGCUCGGUAUCUGAAAGACCACAGCAGUCACAUUCCUGUCAUCAACAAGUUACGAAGUGUCGGAGCAACAACAACAAACAUGAGGCCUGUUUAUCCCACCAAGACUUUUCCAAACCACUACAGCAUUGUCACUGGUCUCUAUCCUGAGUCCCACGGGAUUGUGGACAACAAGAUGUACGACGUGACUCACAACGCCUUCUUCAGCAUGAAGACAGAUGAGAAGUUCAGCCCCAAGUGGUACCAAGGAGAGCCUGUCUGGCUCACGGCCAUGCAUCAGAAACUAAAGACAGCAACUUUCUUCUGGCCUGGAUCGGACGUUGCCAUCAACGGUUCCUUCCCAGACUUCUAUAAAGUCUACGACAAGAGCAUCUCAUUUGAAGACAGACUGUCCACACUCUUCCAAUGGCUGAGUCUACCACAAAGAGAGAGACCAGACCUCCUCACUCUGUACCUGGAAGAGCCCGACACGGCAGGUCACCACUACGGGCCGGGAAGCCAAGAGGUCAUUGACGCUCUGAAAAAAGUGGACAAGAUUUUGGGAAUGUUGAUGGAUGGACUGACAGAGAAAGGCCUGCACCACUGUGUCAACCUGAUCAUCACAUCUGACCACGGGAUGGAGGAGGCCACCUGCGAAAAGGCAGCAUUUGUGUCAACAUUUCAGGACAACACUGAGGACUUCACUAUCAUCCAGGGCCCAGCAGCUCGUAUCAGACCCACUCGUCUCCCUGACAGUUACUUUUCCUUCGACUACGAAGGCCUGGUGAAGAACCUGUCGUGCAGGGCCCCCAACCAGCCAAUGAGGCCUUUCCUCAAAGAACACCUCCCAAAAAGGUUUCACUUCGCCAAUAACAAGCGCAUAGAGAGAGGACAUCUGUACAUGAAGCAGGGCUGGCAGGCAGCACUGAAUCAAAAGGAAAUCAAGUAUUGCGCCGGAGGAUUCCACGGAUCAGACAACGUCUUCACCAACAUGCAGGCGAUCUUCAUGGGCUACGGCCCAGGAUUUAAGAACCACACCGUCGUGCCAACAUUUGAAAACAUUGAACUGUACAACCUAAUGUGUGAUCUUCUUGGGAUUCGUCCUUCUCCCAACAAUGGGACUCAUGGUAGUCUGAACCACCUCCUGAGGGAUCCAGUCUUCCUCCCAGUUCACCCAGCAGCCCUCUCCUAUGACACACCCUGUGAGGCCAGUAGUCCACGGCCCACCGAUGACCUGCAGUGCUCCUGUCCAUCCCAGACCAGGGACAGGGAGGUAGACAUGAACAGGCCUCUCAUGACAGUGAACUCUACUGAUAGGGUCCGCUGGCGUCGCCUCCACCAUCCCUUCGGGACUCCUCAGGUGGUCCAGCCCGACGUCUCCUUCUGCCUCCUGCAUCAUUCUGACUACCUGAGCGGAUACAGCAGGGACCGCCUCCAGCCCCUGUGGGUCUCGUACACCAUCCCGUCUGUGACUACAGUGCAGCCUCUGAGCCCAGAGAUGGAGGCUUGCGUUCGUGCCGACGUACGAGUCCCGGCGGCCACCAGCCAGCUGUGUGUACGCUACAGGGACAACUCCAAUCUGACCUUCGGCCUGCUGCACUCUCUCUAUCUGAGCAUCACUGGACCUUGGUCUGACUCCCUGCUCACCAGCAACAUGGCUCCAAUGUUCCCUGCAUUUAAAGUUGUUUGGACCCACCUCCAUGAAGUCCUGCUCCCAAAAUACUCCCAGCCUAACGGAGUCAACGUCAUGAGUGGGCCCGUAUUUGAUGAAAACUUUGAUGGACAUAUUGAUGCUUCCAAAACAGGGAACCAGGCUCCCGUCCCAACACAUUUCUUUGUGAUUCUGACCAGCUGUGGUGACCCGACCUUUGGCCCUGCUAACUGUCAGGGCCCACUUCGAGCCAAGUCCUUUGUCCUGCCCCACAGACCGGACUACACUGAGACCUGUGCAACUGUCUCGGACUUGUCCUGGGUGGAGGACUGGUUAAAUUUCCACUCAACUCGUGUCAGAGACGUUGAGCUCCUGACAGGACUGAGCUUCUAUCACGACAGGAUAUCAGUAGAGGAGACGCUACAGCUCAAGACGUUUCUACAUAUAGCCUAACAAAGAGACACUAGAAUUUCUAGGAGAGAAACUCGAAUGAACUGGUUCUUAUUUGCCAAAUGUUACGGCGCUUCCUGGUUGUACUUUUCUUUCUUACAGCAACACCGUUGUCAUAGUUUUGUAAAUGUUGAGUUGCUGAGGCCGAUGUGGUUUUGUGUGACUGUGUGUUUGGCGCCGUCCGAGAAAAAAGAACUAGACUUUCCAUCCAGAUGCAAAAAACUACUGCACUCCCUGCCACACCCUGUAGGAAGGGUUCGAUUCCCUGUGGUCUUUCUGCAUGGAGUUUUCAUAUUCUCUUCAACAUUGUUCCACCUUAAUAACUGUCUACAAAUGGAAGUUAAAUGUUUGUGUCAGUUGUAAAAUGUCAAAGAUUUUUUAAUGUCUAUUGAAUUUCACCAAUUUUUUUUAGUAAAUAAUAAAAAAAAUCUAAAAAAAAAAAA